AAACAAUUCUAGAGAGUUCUAAAAACCAAUAGAUAAACGACAAUAAGAGAAGGCCUUAGAAACAAUUGGACGGUUCAGAUUAAUUCUGAUUCUAGAAGGUUCAAGAUCAAUGCUUCAAAACAUUUAUUCCAUUUUAUUUUAUUUAUUUAUUUAUCACUGUAAUACUUACUCUCUGUGACUAGAACGAAUAAAGAAAAACCUAACCUUUCACCAAAAACUCUCUCAACACUAUACUACAAACACUCUCUUAUCCAAAACCCACCAGCCUCCUCCAUUGUCAUCUUCUUCCUAAACCCUAAAAGCUCUCACCACUCCUCUGCAGUUAUCUUCUAGAUAGAGAGAGUAGAUGGCAUCUACAUUUGCAGCCAUGUCUUCUGCUGGUUCCUUAGCUGCACCAAGUGGUAGAGUUUUGGAUAACAAGUUCCAAAAGCUUUCCUCUUCUUCAUCCAUUGCUUCAUGUUCUUUUGCUAAAAGACAACAGAAUGUUGUUAGAAGAACCCCUUCUCCAAGGAUUUCAGCUAUGGCUAAAGAGUUGCAUUUCAACAAGGAUGGUUCAGCCAUCAAGAAAUUACAGACUGGUGUUAACAAGCUAGCUGAUCUUGUUGGUGUCACUCUUGGUCCUAAAGGAAGGAAUGUUGUCCUUGAGAGCAAGUAUGGUUCACCCAAGAUUGUUAAUGAUGGUGUCACUGUGGCCAAAGAGGUUGAGUUAGAGGACCCAGUUGAGAACAUUGGAGCUAAAUUAGUGAGACAGGCAGCUGCUAAGACUAAUGACUUGGCUGGUGAUGGAACCACUACAUCUGUUGUCCUUGCUCAAGGUCUUAUUGCUGAAGGAGUAAAGGUGGUAGCUGCUGGUGCAAAUCCUGUUUUGAUCACAAGAGGUAUUGAGAAAACCACCAAAGCUCUUGUUGCUGAACUCAAGUUAAUGUCGAAAGAGGUUGAGGACAGUGAACUCGCAGAUGUGGCUGCAGUUAGUGCAGGUAACAACCACGAGGUCGGAAGAAUGAUCGCCGAAGCCAUGAGUAAGGUUGGAAGGAAGGGUGUGGUGACCCUUGAGGAAGGGAAAAGUGCUGAAAACAGUCUAUAUGUUGUUGAAGGAAUGCAAUUCGACCGAGGUUACAUUUCCCCUUACUUUGUUACCGACAGCGAGAAGAUGACCGUAGAAUAUGAAAACUGCAAGCUGCUUCUUGUUGACAAGAAAAUUACAAAUGCAAGGGAUCUUAUCAAUGUUUUGGAGGAAGCCAUCAGGGGUGGAUACCCAAUUCUGAUUAUUUCGGAAGAUAUUGAACAAGAAGCAUUGGCUACUCUUGUUGUGAACAAGCUUAGAGGGGCAUUGAAGAUUGCUGCACUUAAAGCUCCUGGUUUCGGAGAUCGCAAGAGCCAAUACCUUGACGAUAUUGCUAUUUUGACCGGAGGAACUGUGAUCAGAGAAGAGGUGGGACUCAGUUUGGACAAAGUAGGCAAUGAGGUCCUCGGUCAUGCUUCGAAGGUGGUGCUAACCAAGGACACCACCACAAUCGUUGGUGAUGGAAGUACCCAAGAUGCAGUUAACAAGCGAGUUGCACAGAUUAAGAAUCUUAUUGAGGCUGCAGAGCAGGACUACGAAAAGGAGAAGCUUAACGAGAGAAUUGCAAAAUUGUCCGGCGGUGUUGCUGUGAUUCAGGUUGGUGCACAAACUGAGACAGAGCUCAAAGAAAAGAAGUUGAGAGUUGAAGAUGCCCUCAAUGCAACAAAGGCCGCUGUCGAGGAAGGUAUCGUUGUUGGUGGUGGAUGCACCUUGUUGAGAUUGGCAUCAAAGGUGGAUGCAAUUAGAGAGAGCCUUACAAAUGACGAGGAAAAGGUUGGAGCUGAUAUUGUCAAGAGAGCUUUGAGCUACCCAUUGAAAUUGAUUGCCAAGAAUGCUGGUGUUAACGGUAGCGUGGUCAGCGAGAAGGUGCUUUCCACCGACAAUUUCAAAUUCGGAUACAACGCUGCCACAGGAAAGUACGAAGAUUUGAUGGCUGCUGGAAUUAUUGACCCAACCAAGGUGGUGAGGUGUUGUUUAGAGCAUGCCUCGUCGGUGGCGAAAACAUUCUUGAUGUCUGACUGUGUGGUUGUGGAGAUUAAGGAGCCUGAACCAGUGCCUGCAGGCAACCCCAUGGACAAUUCAGGUUAUGGCUAUUGAGGAAAGAAAAAUUGAGUCCAUCUUGAGAGAAAGGAGGGAGAUUUAAGAAGAAAUAAAGUCAAAUUCUCAAAUGGAAAAAACCAACUUGAAACUCAACUCAACUCAACCUUAAUUUUUGAUUAUUUAGAUGAAAUUUGUAGUUGUUGUGUUGUGUGGGUGAGAAAGUAAUUAUCUUUGGUGAAAAAAAGAAGAAAGAAGAGGAUAGCUUAGCUUAGCUUCAUCAUCAAAUCUUUGGAUUGCGGCAAAAAAUUUGUAGAAUUUAAUUUUGGUCAUAAAAUAAUUACAUUUUUGUAGUCAA